GAGUGCGCGUUAAUAGAGAUGUUCGACGAUUUAGCAGGCAAUAUUAAAAUUUAUUACGCCAAUUUGACCUGGUUCUACACGUUCAGCAUGAUCAUCUCGUGCUUGGCUGUUGGCAUUAACUUUUGGGGGCGUUUUUUUUUCGACAAAAAGCAGAAGGCAGUAAAAAAUAGUGACUAUGAUGUGAAGACGGGAUCUGAGGCAGAGCUUUGCAGUUUGCAAACUCAGUACAAACUGGCGAAACAAAAAUUGGCUGAGAAACACCUUACGCCGGAGCAACGUUCAAUAGAGAAAGAAGCUGAGGCACAGCAGUUAGCGGCCAUCCUAAAGCUGCUCCAAGAACAGAGCGAUACCUUCCAAGUAUCUUCAAUGGAGCAGCUUGAAGAUCAGCUCAGGCUGUACAGGAAUUAGUGAGAUAAACAAAUUAUUCGCAUCACCGAUUGAGAAGCACAAACAAAAAAUUUGACGGUUUGAUAAUGUAAUUUUUGUAACGUCUACGUGUGUGUUUGUAUAUAGGUAAAGUAAAAAAAUGUUCAUUUUUAAAAUUCCUAAAAUAUUUUCAAAACGUUUUCAAAAUUUGCUAUACAAAUUCUAUGCGUAAGAUCGUAGAUUUUUCAAGAGGCCUUUUUUACGAUGUGCAAUAUUUCAUGAUCUAAAUCAUAAUUUAUAUAAUGCAUGUAUUGUACAAUAUUAUUAUUCAAUCUGGGAUAUAUAACAAUUAGUCAAAUAUGUGGUUGUGAUUAAAUAUUAGGGCUUAGUUAUUCUGUCUAUACAUUAUACUGAUU